AUGUCUGCAAUGGAUGGAUAUGUUUCAAUUAAAUAUGGAAGGGAAUCUUAUGAACCGCUAGAAUUACUAGAACCCAACAAACCAAAAACAUUUAAAAUUUAUAAACAAAGGGGACAAUAUUUUAAGAUUGGUGAUGAUGAGACAUAUCUGGAAGAAAUUAGGAAUAAUCAAG